CACGGAUCGGAGAGACAGAGACACACCCGCACCAGGCACUCAGCUCAUCCGUAGCGAGGCACAUCAGCGAGAGCCAUGGCGACGAGCAAGGAGGACAUCAAGCACGGCACGGCCCAGGCGAGGUUGACCGUGGACGACGAGCUCAGGACCGGCUACUUCAAUGGCUCGCCGCUGGAGGGCGGCAAGAUCGCCGACUCCGACCCCGUCGACCUCUUCGCCCAGGCGCGGCACGUGGCCGACGCCUCGCCGCACCAGCAGCAGCAGCAGCCGCGGCGUGAUCUGGGGGAGGAGGAAGGGAGGAAGGCCGGGGCGGAGGAGCCGCGGGCGCAGGCGCGGCAGGGAAUGGGCGCCGGUGGACGUCAGCUCGGGCGCCAGUAGCUGGCUAGCUAGCCGUAGUACCACGGCGAUGUAGAGCUACCUAGAAAUAAAGUUGCCGAGGCCACCGGCCGGCCGGACGGCCGCUGUUGUAUGUUUUAUGUACCAUCUGAUGUCAACCGUGUGAGAAGCACCAGCUAGCUGCUUUUGUC